AUGGCAAAUACUAUUGGCUCGAACCUUGCCUUAGACGAAAUUGAUCGAAGUCACAGAGUUGGAACACCGAAGGCCCAUGAAACACGUCCUAGAGACAUUAUUGUUAAAUUCGUCUCAUAUAGAGCUCGACAAAAACUUUACUCUAAAAGAGCUUCACUUAAAUCAAAAGGGUAUAAGAAUUCCUAUAUUAAUGAAGAUCUUACAAAAAAGCGAAGCUCACUACUCUUCGAAGCACGACAGCUGGUCAAGCAUAAGUCGAUACUUAGCACGUGGUCUUCUGAUGGUACUAUCCUGGCUAAAGAUAAAUUCAAUCAAGUGCACGUGAUAAACUCAGAAGAGGAUCUAGCGCACAUUAAGACACAUACAUAUGCAGAAGUGGUUCUAACCUCGGGAUCUUCUGGCAGUUAA